ACUCGUAAGAAUCCAGAAGAGUCUUAACACAGAAACAUUCUUUGCACAUAUUAUAGUAAAACUUAACUGUAUCUAAAGUGCACUUAUCCUUGCACUAACUUGAGACUUUUUUAUUCUUACAUCCGUGUUCUGGCAGAUUGUGGUGUGGAUACAGGUGAUAAGUAGGAAUGCUACUUUUAUGCAUAAAUGGCCUACCACUAGCAACAAAAGUUUAAUCUAUCUGUCAGAUACUCGGAUAAGGUCAGAACCUCUUGGCCGACUAAAUGCCGCAUCUAUCUUUAUAUCUGGAUUCAACCUAUUUCUGUCAGCUGCCAGAGUGCAUCUAGAGGCGAUAAAGAUGUGUUCCUUAUUUCAUGUGAAAGAAAAAAACCAAUGCCUGCUCUUGCACCGAGCUACUUAAGUUGACUUCUGACAUGGAAACUGACUCCUAACCCUAUGCUUUCCUGAUAUUACUACCGACCGCCUGGACGGCUGGACCAUAUAACUGGAACACCUGCUUCUGAUUUCCCCGACAGGGAGUCGACAAAAUAUCAUUAAAUGGACUACUUUCAUGGGUGUUUUCCAGUUUACAGCUGAUAUGGGCCUUAGAUUUAUGAAAAUAUAAGCUAACUAGGAGUAAAAGAUUGGAGGCGGCAUGAAAAUAGUUUAAUUUUCACGGUAACUAAGCUCUUUCACCAUGCAAGUGAUAAGAUGCUGCCUCAUAAAGUUAUUAAUAUGUCAGUGCCUCUUCAGUUCAGGUGAUCCAUAUCCCAUUUGCUGAUAAGAGUCUAUUGCUUGUUUUUUGCUAUUUGUAUCGGUUCAUGCUCAUCUUAGCCCGGGUGAUAUUUAAAUAACCUGUGGAUCAGCUUUCACCACAGAGUGCUCUGAGCCUAUUGUGCUUUGUUCUCCUUUUGACUGUUAGUCACACCUGAUUAUUUAAAUGACGCGCUUUUGAUGUUCUAUGGCUAUUUAAGCUUUUAUUGUUACUAGUAAUUUGUACGUGCUUUGCACGUCAGAUUAUUAUUUGAACUAUUAAAAUAAAAAUGUAAACAUCUAUAUUAUGCUUAAAUUUAAUUAUCAUGUAAUUCAAAAGAAGAUUUAUGUUUUCUAAUGGGAACUCCUUUAAACUUUUAUAUAAUUCACAUCAACACACAAUGGUGCAACAUCGUUCUUUAUGAAGAAUGGUUGAGCAGGGCCUCGUUUUAAUUUCACUAAGAAAUUUUAUUGACGUGUGCCAUGAAAUAUUGUUUCGCAUAUUCAAAUUAAUUAAUUUCCAACUUUGCAUUUUCCUCCUUUUACCAACAUCAAGUCAGUUUUUUCAAAAAUAUAUAUUUCUUUUUGGGUCAUAAUCUCAAUCUUUUUACUCGUUUCAUAAUCUCUAUUUCAGUCUUGUGUCCUCGAGAUCACUAUGUGUUUGAAACAACUGAUGAAAAUAUUUUUAAAAAGUCAAAAAAAAAACUUUCAAGUCUAAAUUUUAUAUGGAUUGUUUGAACAUUUCUAUCUAUAGCACAUAACAGGAGGUUAGCUCAGUAGAUUAGUUUGACAUAUACUCUUUCCUAUGGAGUAAAAGUGAGAAAUGCUUCCAUGCAUGCAUUCAAAGGGUAAACCGCUAUGGAGUAGUAUACUGUACUACUGUCGGUUUGCGGGAAUGUGUACACACCGCACCGAGAUACUUCUAGCCUGUGCUGGAAUUUACAACGUCACCAGUUCACAACAGAUAAUCGGAUCCUCACGUGAAUGUUCUGAAGCCUUGGGAACAGGUGGACAUAGUAACUUUGCUACAGCCACACAAUCCUGCUCCCUCUCCUUGGCUACCUGAGUUGAGGCCUUGCAGCCACACAGUCCUAGAUUUCUCUAGAUUAAAGUGCAAUGACACUGUUGAUGCGAAUCCCUUCGUUCUAGGCCAUUAGAUUGACACUCAUCAACGACUGAAAUUCAUUCUUAGGCUUAGGGUUCAAAAUUUCAAAACUCGUACACUAUAUAGAAGUAUAGAUAUGAUAGUUGGUGUCGAUUAGAUAACAAUGGUCUUAAUUCUUCUGUUCCUUUAUCUUUUUUUAUUUCCAGUUUCAAGUCUCGCUUUUGGAAUUCAAAGUCUUCUCCAGUCUCGAUAGACUUGUAACAAAUGUAUCCUUUUCCUAAGAACAAUACAACAUGCCCUUUUGUCUCAUGCCCUUCCGGAUCCGGUCACCCCACUCUCGUUUUGCUAAUCGCUGCCACUGAAUGAUGUGUAUACCCUCCACCAUUUGGGUAUAUCCUCUCUCAUCACUGUCUAGUGUGGCUGCCUCUCCCUGUUGCUGCAGCAGCAAAAGAUGCUGAGUUAUAUAUUUUCAUAAACCUUUGUUACAUGCUAAUACGCAUUUAAAGCAAACUGCGGAAUAGUGAUUCAAACUUUGUGGCUUUAUACAUGCUGUGCCCAAUAUAACACGGUUGGCUUAACCCUGUUCCUUAUAUCCAAUAGAUAUCUGCUAAACUGAUGUGAUGCAAGAGCGUCUUGGCAAGGGCUAACUGCAUUCAGGAAGUUGCGAUAUGGGCUUUCUUUCCGUUUUCUGUAGCAAGUUAUCUGGAGCAGCAUUCAUCAGCAUCCAUACUUUUUACAUUGAUUUCCCUUUCUUGUCAUGGGUUGCCUUUUGUUCUUUUUGCCAUACUUGGACGGAGGCCAUUUCUCCUUAUGGGUAACCUAUAGGUUUGAGGCAUUGUGCUCUUCUUGUAACUUGAAUGGUUAAAUAUACCAAGUCUAAAAAGCACAAAGUGACUUCAGAUAAGGUUAAAUUAGGGGCACCUUGGAAGGAUCGCAUGAUUUACACGUAGAUGUCUACAAGUUCAUCACUGAAGAAGGUCUGGUAGAAUGGUCAGAGCUUGUGGCAAACAAUUUAUGUGUAUAUUAGAAGCGAGAAGUCGGAGUCAUUGGUGCGUACUUUCUUGACAUCAUAAGAGGAGCUCAUAGGAUAGCUUUGGUCUUUGCAGAUAAGCACGAGUAGAAAUUAAAAACACCGCCCAUGGGCACUAACAGGCCGUUGAUUAUCCUACUGAGCUGACCCUGCUGAUCCGCAUGAUCUUUCUCAAUGCUGUUGCCUGAAUUUUAUCUCCAAAAUCUUGUCACUGUUUUAUGAUCUUGGGCAUUGCCUCAUCUACAUUCCCUAGUCCAGCUGCCGCAAUCGAAACAUUGGAUCCUUCGUCAUCCUACGUCCGGGCUCAUCUGAAGCAACUGAAGUUAUUAUGUAUUUGACACGGAUAUUUGCUAACAGAUCCAAUACUCAUGAAACACCCCUCCUCGUGCUUCAUUGUUAGGGUACUCUGAAUUAUGCCUAGUAGCUUUACUAAAGUAGUAGCUAUUAUCACAAUACAGAUACACAAGAUCUCAGAUGUAACUGGCUUUGAUACAACAGAAAACAGUAAGCCAUUAUGCUUGUUACUGUCAGCAACGUGCGAAAGAAACACACAUUUUCAUGGAGGAAGCAGCACUCAUCGUGGUUUAUAUGGAUGAUGAUGCUUCGUUGCACACCAUAUAGCAUAAUUUUUGUGCGAGGAUUGCUUUGCUGUCGACUAAUCAGUCAUCUAACAGGUGCUUUACCCACUAGGACUGCCGCUGAUGACCCAAGUAGCCCUUAUUUGACAAAUCACCCUCCGGUUUGCUGUGCUGUAUGGCUGAUUCUGAUGCACUCAAAGUGGAAAAAUGGAGAAUAAUGAUCCAACUUUUUCCUUCCUCUCUUAGUAUUCGCCGCAGUCCUUAUCGCUUCUGUAGUUGUAUAGUUAAUUUCAAGUUGCAACAGCUAUAUAAAUAAUUCUAUACCAAGUUGCAGCUGAUUCUCCUCGGAUCUGUCCAUGCCAAAAUAUUUGCGGGGCAGUUUCACGAUCCGUAACAUAUCCAGAGUGCACUUUCCUGCAGUUAUGAGUGGUGUUUCCGUAAACUUGCAGGAAUGGCAUGUCAGUAAAAACUUGUUGUUCUCUCUCAGUGGCUUCGCAAGUCACUGAGUGAGUAGCCCCUGAUCAAUGUUUGACUCAAUCAGGCCUCAUGAACCCACUCGUAAAGGUGAAAUAAAUAUAUAGAACUUCAUUACAAUCAGGCUGAGAAUGUUCAAAACCACCCAGGAUGACCUUAAGAGCAAAUGCCUCGGUACUGUAUUUUCAAGUCGAACCAGACAAGGUCUCAUUCCAUUUUAUACUGUUCCGAUCUCCUUGCCUGCAUAUGUACUUUUAUUAUCAGGCAGACAAGACAUGGUGCUCCGUAUGGCCCUCUGAUUCCCAGAAAACGCACCGAGAUCAGAUGCAGCCCACUUGCCACAACCAAAUGAAUUUCCAACUCGCCAGGAAGCAUUUGUCUCGAUUGGCCUGUAAGGACAAAAAGGUCAGCCUGCCCUACCAAAUAAAAUAAUUCAGGCCAUUUUGUUGCAGCCUUAAACCUUAAUGAGCCUAUAAAUACCUGAGCAUAACCGCGGCUUAUGAUUCUACCCGGGGCAAAUCACACAGCAGCAAUACAGAAAGACCAACUACGAAGCUAGAUCGAUUCACGUUCUUUGCGGUUACAUGCAGGAUUCUGAAGAAAGAUUACCAAGAGUGAACAUGUACUCAAGAAGGACACUGCUUCACACUCCUUCAUUCUCCGGUCCAAGCCAGCCGGUGCCCGGAGCCACGGUGACCGAUGGCGGCGCUCCGGGGAGCAACUUCGACGCGAACGUGGUCAUGAUCCUCGCCGUUCUCCUCUGCGCGCUCAUCUGCGCGCUGGGGCUCAACUCGGUCGUCCGGUGCGCGCUGCGGUGCUCGAGCCGGGCGGCGGCGGACGCGGAGCCCAGCCGGGUCGCGCGGCUGGCCAAGGGCGGGCUGAGGAGGAAGGCCGUGCGAGCCAUGCCGAUCAUGGUCUACUCCGCGGGGCUCAAGCUCAACACCGCCUGCCCGAUGUGCACCAUCUGCCUCUCGGAUUUCGAGGCCGGGGAGCACGUGAAGGUCCUCCCCAAGUGCAACCAUGGCUUCCACGUCAGAUGCAUUGACCGGUGGCUCCUGGCGCGCUCCACCUGCCCGACGUGCCGCCAGUCCUUGUUCGCGGAGCCGCACAAGGCGUGUGGGUGCUCCGAGGCCAGCCAGCCCGACCCGGCGCGUGUCCACUCUGUGCUCGUGCCGCUCAGGCCUGAAGGUUUGAUCACCACGUAUGAUUUUUAGUUGCUUCCACUUGUUGCAUGAAAGAUGACGGAGCGGGGUGUAAAACAACAGAAGGUUGUGUUCACUCGUUGUUACUGCCAAAAACUGGCUUGAAGUAAUUUUCUUGUAGUCGUGUUGCUCCCGUGCAUUGUGUAGUCCCUAGCUAGUAGUAUACUGGAAGAAAUUGUACAUUUCCUCCGUGUUUCAGCAGCUCAUGUGUUGAUGUCAAUUAUUGCGACGAGUUUCUGCGAAUCACAUUUGAA